AAGAAGAAGAAGAAGGCCACUGUUUUGUGUAUGUAUAAAAAGUCCUUUUUCCAAAGCUAGCCCACAGAAAAAAAGCGAAGAAGCAGAGAGAGAGAGAUAGAGAGAGGGAGAGAGAAAUUUAAGAAGAAGAAAACUUCUCCUCUCUUAAACAUUCAUCAAGUCCUUGAAACUUCUCCUCUCUUAAACAUUCAUUUCUUCUUCUGCUUCUUCUUCAUCAUCUCAUAAAAUAAAAAAGUAGCAAGAAAACCAUUUUACAGCAGCAGGAGUUUCAUCUAAACUCGUGUCUGUUUCUUGUCUUAAUGUAUGUGUUAGUGCGUGGCUCCGUGGGUGUAGAAUUGUGUGUGUUCGGAAGUUAGCUGGCUCUACAAGUAAUCUUGAAGGUGACUGUUGGGAUCACUUGAUUAUCACGUCUGGAAAUCCGGGUUCUAAAUUUUGGGUUCCUUUCAGCGGAAUCCGAGCUGAAUUAUGCAAUAUUCACCGUAAAAUUCGGAGAUUUCAAGUUGAAUUAUGCAUAAUUCUGUCGAAUUUUGAUUUCAAGUGCUCGCAGAAGCCUGAAACGUAUUUUCUUGGAGCAGCCUGAUUGUAUUCUCGGUUGAGUUGUGGGUUUCCCCACGUGAAUUUUCCACCAUUGUUCCGCUGCCGAAUUAUAUAUCGGGUGAAGAGUUUGUUCAGGCUGGUUUUUGAAUUUUAGUGCUGCUACUGUCUGAAGCUGAUGGUGGAUCUGGGAUGAACUUGAAGAAUUUGAAUCUUGUUUGGAGAUUUCACUGGUUUUAAGGUUGGAAUUCAUCAUAUACUGCUGUAAUUCGAUCUGAGUUCUGGAGAAAUUUUGCAGAAGAGCUGAUUUUUGUCAGGUGUUAAUGGAGCUGCGCCAACCCAGGCCUUUUGGGACUGAAGGAAGGAAAACCACCCAUGACUUUCUUUCACUGUACUCGCCAGUCCAACAAGAUCCCAGACCCCCACAAGGUGGCUUCCUUAAAACGCAGGACUUCUUGCAACCACUGGAGCAAGGAUGUAAGAAUGAUGCCAAGGAGGAAGACAAAGUAGAAAUAAAUGAUUUGGAAAAGCCUCCACCAGCAGCUUCUCCAUCUAACAUAGAGCAUCUUCUUCCUGGUGGUAUUGGGACCUACAGCAUUACUUAUUUCAAUCAGAGGUUCCUAAAACCGGAGGGGAAUGUAUACAUGAUGGCACAAGCAAGUAGUACCAACAUAAAUGACGAAAACUCAAACUGCAGUUCUUACGCAGGUGGUGGUUUCACUUUGUGGGAUGAAUCUGCAGUGAAAAAGGGAAAGACAGGGAAGGAGAAUAAUGCUGGAGAUAGAGCUGUUCUUAAAGAAGCAGAAGCAAAUGUUGGGGCAGGGCAGUGGAGAGCAUCAGCAGAACGGCCCUCACAGUCCUCGUCCAACCAUAAGCUUAAUGCUGCAACAUUCAGCUCUCUCUCAACCUCUAAGCCAUCUUUGGCCCAGAGGAACCAGAGUUUUGUAAAUAUGAUAACAUCGGCUAAGAGUUUUCAAGAAGAGGAUGAUGAUGAUGAUGACGAGGAAGAGUUUGUCAUCAAGAAAGAGCCAUCGUCACAUCCCAAAGGCAAUUUGUCAGUUAAAGUUGAUGGAAAAAGCACCGAUCAGAAACCUAGUACUCCACGUUCAAAACACUCAGCUACAGAGCAACGUAGAAGGAGCAAGAUUAAUGACAGAUUUCAGAAGUUAAGAGAGAUCAUCCCUCAUAGCGACCAAAAAAGAGAUAAGGCGUCAUUUUUGUUAGAGGUUAUUGAGUAUAUUCAAUUUCUACAAGACAAAGUGCAGAAAUAUGAAGGGCCAUACCCAGGAUGGAACCAGGAACUAUCUAAGCCAAUGCCAUGGAGAAAUCUCAGAGGUCCUGAAGACUUUAUCAAUUCUACUCAAGUCACGAAUAUUGGGUCAAAUCCACUAAUUCAUGCAGCAAAACUUAAUGAGAGCAAAGUUACUAGCUCUUCUGCACUAGCUAUCAAUGGGCAGCACCUAGAAUCAGAUGUAAGCAGUGCAGCAGCUUUUGGAGAAAAGGAUCAUCAGCCUGAUAUAACAGAUAAAGCAGCAUCAGUUCCUAUGGCGCUGAGGCAUGGAAUAUUUCCAUUUGGAGGAACCAGCACUGCAUCUGUACCACUCUCAUCUACGCCUGCAUCUGAUAUAGACAAAACGGCAUCUCACCCGCAACAUCAGUUUUGGCCCAGAGGAUCAUGUACGGCCGAUAGCAAUAUAACUGAUAAGCUGAAAGACCAAGAACUAACUAUUGAGAGUGGUACAAUUAGCAUCUCCAGCAUAUAUUCACGAGGGUUGUUGAGUACUCUGACACAAGCAUUGCAGAGUUCUGGAAUAGAUCUGUCUCAGGCCAACAUUUCUGUUCAAAUUGAUCUUGGAAAAAGAGCUAAUGGCAGAGUAAAUUCUUCAGCUUCGGUUAUCAAGGAUGUUGAUGUACCGAGUUGCAACCAAGCAAUGCCAAGGUCUAUAGUUACAAGAGCAGGGGAGGAUUCUCCUGGACAAGCAUUGAAGAGGCUCAAAACAAGCAGAAGCUAGCAUGUCAUUAGACUGGAUCAUAUUCUUCUUUUGUAACUGAUUUAUCCAAUUUUUGAUGCCCCUUCUUAUUUUAAGGGGAAUGUUCUUGCCUUUGAUUAUGGACCCAUUGUAAAUGCUGUUUCAAAUUCUUUUGGGAUGCACAUAAUUACCUGACAUAUUGUAUUAUUUACCACUUAUUUUUUGUUAAUUAUUAUAUACAAUUAGAGGCUUCCAUGCCAACUC